GUCCCACAGAACAGUCCAAACCCUUACUCUUUGAAUGUGUUAAUCGACUCUUUGAAAAAGGAUAUGAAAAGUGAGCAAAAGUUGAGAACAACUGUAUGUGAUGUGAAGAUAGAGAGGCCCAAAGUGGAGGUCAUCGCAAGUGAUGGCAAAUGUGAUAACGUGUUGAGCGGUUCCGAUAAGAAAUAUGAGUGCAUUCUGUGUCCACACGUGAGUCCCACAGCAGAUGCGGCCAAAGAUCACUAUUUGGUUCACUUAGAGGUGUACAUCGAGUGCGGCGAAUGUCACGAGAAGUUCACAAACCUUCAGACGUAUCGCAAACACAAUCCCAAACAUUUGGAUCGAAACAAAAUGUUGUAUUUGAAUGAGUUUAUGGCCGCCAAGAAGUGGUGCGACAAUUAUGUCGAUUACAUCGAAAGGCAUCACCAAUUGGUGGAUGAUUUGGUGGACUCUCACACCAUGUUUUGUCCCAUUUGUCGGACUAUCAAACGCUGUUACCCUAAGAGCGUCACCACUAGUGAUAAGAGUAAUAGAAAUCAAAAUUAUAAGCCAUUCAGUGAGGAAUUCAUUCGCAACCAUUUGCACCAACACUUCCAAUACUUGCCGUAUGUGUGUAUCGACUGUGAUAUGGAGGACAAGAAGACAGAGUUCUAUCUGAACGCCACUGCGAGACAACAUCUAAACAAAUGUCAUGACAUCGAAAAGGCUGACCACUUGUCGCCCAAUGAACUCAUGACUUAUUUCGAUCGCAAGAAGUGCAUCAAAAAAUUAGACCAUUUUAUAGAUAAUUGUGUGGAAAUGUCUUUACAAAUGAACGCAUGUCUUGAGCAGAGGAGCAACAAAAUGCCAAACUAUUUGAAUGACAACUAUUUCGGUGAUAAUUACCAUAAUUUCGAUAACUAUACGAACCACUCGUAUAUGAAUCCCAAUCUAAAUGGGAGUCCAAUGCGACCACAAAUGCCACCCAAAGAGGUGCACAACUAUGGCAACAGAAACCCCGUUAACGCCAGCCGUCGACCAAACAAUGGUCACAACGUUAGACACAAUUACUAUCGACGGACUCAACCAUAUUAUGGACCAAAUGGCGGCCCAAUAGCCAACCAAUACAGGGCUCAAGUGAUCGACUACUCCAAUGGCACUCAACCGCAACCAAACAGGUAUUGCAUCGAGUCUUCAUUGGAUUCACUUCUUCAGUUGUGUUCAUCUGUUUUCAGACCUUAUAAUCGAAAUGCGGUCACAAAUAACUCAUCGCAACCGUUGAUGACAGGCCCGCCAUCGGGUCUUUUGCCACUUCCCACAGCCUAUCCUAAUGUACGGCCCUAUGGACAGACAUCACAGCCUUAUAUGCCGAACGCCAAUGUGGUUCAGAUGCCAACCCAUAGCCAACCAUUUAACUCAUCCUAUGGAUCACAACCACCACCACAACAACAAAUGAAUUCUUAUGCAUCCAGUAAUCAAUCGGUUCCACAAUAUGGGGCGUCGAUGCCAUACUCGCACACAAUACCUCAACCCGUACCACAACCGGUGCCACCACCUCCUCCAAUGGUAGCCCCACAGCCAGUGCCGCCGCCAUCGCGAACACCUUUAUUCCCAAUCCAAGCGCCCACUCCAGUGGGUCCUCCAAACCGAACGCAACCUAAUGUACCGAAAGUUAAGGUCGAAAUAGACGUCGAAUCCCAGAGAUUAUCAGAUGAGACGAGAGCUCAGAAGAUAAUUGCUGAGGGAAUGCAACACAGGUUUCAAAAUGAUUUGAAUGGAUAUUAUUGUUUGUUUUGCGAUGUCUUCUGCAAUAACUUAAGUGCCGGCGAAAGACACGUCGAGACACCCAAACACCACAGAACUAAAAUUGGAGAUAAUCUUAAAGGAAUUGACGCCAAAUAUACGAUAAAAUCUGAGAGAAUAAACGAAACGGCGGUCGCAUUGGCCCGAAAGGAGGAGUUGUCUAAAAUAAGUAAUGUUAUUAAGAAUGAGUACUUCAAUGAAGGCAUUCGACUCAAGGAUGGCAUUGGAUCUGAUGCUUACGUCUGCGAAAGUUGUGGAAUUGCUAUGGCAUCACUAGUUUUGGUGAAAAAGCAUUUAGAACUUCACAAACAAUUAUCAGAACAGUUGGGAAUCUGUACGAAACCAGUCAUUGGACUCGACUUUAUUUGUGAAUACAUAGAUCCCGAUCCGGACACACCUCGAGUGUAUGAGUGCGCGCUUUGCAAUACAACCAACACAUCCAAAGAGAUCAUUAAUCACAUCUGCGGUUUCACUCAUAUCACUAAUUUCAUUAAAAGGAUUCAUCCGAAGGAAGGAAUUAAAUUCACGUCAGAAACGCCUGAAUUAGUGUUAGAAGCGGCCAAACAGGCCAUCGAACUGGAAAUGGUGGUCGGGAGGGGACACUUCAAAGUCAAACACCAGUCCGCGCCUCGAAAUUACAACAAUAGGAACUCCUCUUUAGAUCAAAUCAAAAGUAAUUACAAUUCUCUGGCUCCCAGCCCAUCGCCGGUCCCACAGAAAGCCGUCUUUCAAAUAGAAUUACCGAAAGUCAAGUCCGAAGAGGAGAAGAGUUCUCUCGAGAAACUGUUUUGCGUUCGACUCGAGAGUGAGUCCGACGCCAACGAAGUGACAAAACUGAUCGAAACGAUCACUAAUUGUGUUCUCGAUUACCUCACCAAAGAUAUGGUGCCUCAACAGAGGGAUCAGUUUAGACGACAACUCAAUAAUUUCAAUCCAAACAAAACACAUAUCAAUGACAAUGACAUUCACCUCAAGAGAGAGAUCUGUGCGAAAGUGAGCGCCGGUUUGGGAACCGAUUGUUGGGGUUAUGAAAGCGAUUGCAAUGGAAGUGAUAUCUACUUAACUCCUGAGUGUCCCGAAGACACCAAUGGUUGGGCCCGUAACGAAGUGGAGGCCAUAAAAGUGUUCUUCGAUUCUGCGGACUUCGGUUAUGUCCGCCAAAGAAGCCAUGAAUUGAGAUAUUAUUGUCGACCAAAAGUAGCCACAAAUGACAGACAAUUGAUCUCAUCGUUGAAAUGCAGUCAAUAUAUGAGGUAUUGUUCGGCGAAAAACAUUUGGAUUGACUUCGAGUUGUUGUCCAAAAUGGAUGAACCCGUCAGAUAUCGGGAGGACGUGAUCGGCAGCCAACACAUCGGCGGCUGGAAUUGCGAUCUUCACGACAAGGAUCUCAAGAGUGAGGGACAGCACAAGAGUCCACUGCAGUCGUGGUUCACAGAGAUCGAGAACCUGCGAGUGCUGUCCGACGACCAGAAGUGCGACCUUUGGAUUGAAAGACCGACUUAUGUGAUGAAAUUGGACGCAACGGUCAAUAUGUACCACCAUUUCUGCGAUUUCAUCAAUUUGUACGCAAGUCUUCAUUUGAAUAAUUCGUUUUCUGUGGACAAUAAUAUAGUCAUUUGGGAUUCAUAUCCGUAUCGUUCAAACUUCGGACUCGUGUGGAAGGCCUUCACAUCCAAUCCCGUCCUAAACAUCGGACAAUUCAAAGGCAAAAAGGUCUGCUUUCGAGACUUAAUACUGCCAUUACUUCCGCGAAUGAUUUUCGGCAUCUAUUAUAAUAUGCCUCUCAUUCCCGGCUGCCGUCAGAGCGGACUCUUUCGCGCAUUCAAUAGACAUCUCAUCCAUAGGCUGGACAUCGAAGCAAUUGUUCCGCAAAACGAGAAUUUAGUCAGAAUUACGCUAAUCUCGAGGAAAACCAAAUACAGACAAAUAGUGAAUGAAUUGGAAUUAUUAGACGCUUUGAAAGACUUAAAGGACAUCUCCGUAGAGAUCCAUGACUUCAACCAUUGGAUGCCAUUUGAGAGACAAAUAAAGAUGAGUGCAAACAGUGAUGUAUUGAUAGGAAUACACGGCGCGGGUCUGACACAUGUGCUCUUCCAACCCGAUUGGGGGGUACUCUUCGAGCUCUACAACUGUGAUGACGAGCACUGCUAUAAAGACUUGUCGAGACUCAGAGGCGUCCACUACAUGACAUGGACUGACCGGUCAAAGGUUUACCCACAAGAAAGUGAUUACAAGUCAGAAAACCCUCAGUUCUCAGCCGACGCUAAGUUUACUAAUUAUCGCUUCGAUGCCAAAGAGUUCAGGCGUUUGGUUAACAUUGCUGUCGAUUAUGUCAGAAAAACCAGACAUUCCUCAGCGAUAGACAAGACUUUUGAGAGUAAAGUCAUCACAAAACCUAAAACUGAAUUAUGA